AUGUCCUCUAGUCCCUCAUCUCCGCCGCCUCCGCAGGCGGAGGCCGUGCCGGCUCCCCGUGGCACUAUCCGCUUUGAGGAUCUCGGUGAACCAGUGCAGCGUCUCCUGCGGUCCCUAAAGGGCGAUGUUAGUGAGGAGGACAUGGCACUGCUCGAGUACGUAUCCGUGAAGGACAUGGCAAAGAUCUACAGCGAAAUGGCGACGGAUCGCCACGCAGAGGAGAUUUGGCAGGAGCUCCGGAGUGCACUGCAGGCCCGUAAGGAGAAGAUCGCGCGUCGCGAGGCUGAGCUAGCGGAAAAGCAGCGCGCACUCGAGGCGGAGCAGGCGGCUGAGGAACAGCGGCUACGACAGCAGAUGGAGGAAGAAGAGCGCGAGCGCAUCGCCACCGAGGAAGCGCGGCAGCAACGGCGAGAGGAGCGUCGACGACGCAAAGCGGAGAAGGCCGCAGCUGCGGCGGCUGCAGAGGAAGAGGCAGCCGAGCAGGCGGCAGCUGCCGCCGAGGAAGCGGCGGAGGACGCUGCCGCGGCUGCCGAGGAGGCGGAGAGGCAGCGAAAGGCAGAAAAGAAGCGCAAGCGCCGUGAGGCUCGCGCACGCGAGCUGCAGGAGGAGCACGACGCCCUCGCCGUCGAGCGGGCUCGCCACGAGGCGAAGAAGCAGCAGAAGUCUUUCAACCAGCAGAAGGACUGGAGUGAGUUUGUGCAGAGCCAUCCCCUCGAGUACCCGCAGUCGGAGACUUUGGACGGCGCACAGCAGCAGCUACCCGCUGUGAUUGAGCAGAAGGAGCUGAAGCACACACUCAACGCCCCUCCCGUGGUUUCGGAGAAGCUGCUCAGUCGCACUUACACCCCCGCAUGCGGGGCUUGCGGUAGUCGCUUUGACCGUCCGCCGCCUGAGUGGAACUGCCCCAUGUGCAAGCGGCGCUACAAGAAGGUGGUGAAGGUCUGGCAGCCGGACGACGACAUGGACAACUGCAUGAUGUGCAAGGAGCCGAUUGGGCGGUGGUCUAGGCACCACUGCCGUAACUGCGGUCGACUCGUCUGCGCCAACUGCUCCGAAAAGAGGGCCAUCAUCGAAGACUUGGGAUACGACACACCGGUGCGCGUCUGCUACGACUGCUUCCGACUGCGGUCGUAG